AUUUCAGUUUAUUUAUGAAGAUGGCAACGCAUGUACUGAAAUACUCCAAGUUUGGUAUCUAUCAUUUAAGUUGCACCCAGAAAAUUUACGAAACAUAUUUCAAUAAACUUAAUAUUCCUAGUAAUGGUUCGUUGAGUGUGAUGGAUAUCGGUUGUGGUAGUGGAAGUAUUUUGUUUGAUAUUUUGCAUCCACUGUUACCGAAAAACUGCAAUGAAAUUAUUGCUACAGAUAUAGACGAAUGUAUGAUAAAAUAUUGUGAGAAAAUCAACAAAGAAAAGAAUAUUUCGUUUCUACAAAUGGACAUUGCCACCAAUGAACUUCCUGAAGCUUUGGAGAAUAGAUUCGACGCCAUAUUUUCAUCCUUUUGCUUCAUGUAUGUCACGAAUAUUAGGAGAGGCUUGAUGAAUUGCAGAAGAAUGCUGAAAACCAACAGCGAUAUCCUGCUGGUGUUUAUUUCCAAGAAAAAUCCCUUGUACAGUACCUACGCAGAGAUGAACAGAUGUGAGAUCUGGAAACCGUAUACGGAGAAUUUUAAAGACUUUGUGCCUCAUUUUUCCAGUGAUGAUCCAGAUUCAGAAGUAAAUUCAUUAUUCGAAGACGUUAACUUACAACUCGUUAACAAGGAGUUUCAUCACAAUUUGAGGUUCGAAUCGAACAGACGUAAUUUCCUAGAAGUUUUCAACUCAAUGGAUACCGUCUUCAGAAAAAUUCCUGUAGAAAAACGAGCGUUAUAUUUGACACAUUUCCAGAAAUUUUUUUCUGAUGUAAGUGGACUGAACGUAGCGGACCAAGGCUCCUUGGAUCAACCGGCUUCGAUGAAUAUACCAAUUGCAAUUUUACAUGGAAGGAAGUUGUGAAGAUUGAAGGCAAUUAGAGAGCAGUUUUUAUAUGUAACUCAUAAACUAUAAUUUAUUAACAAUAAAAGUCUACAAAACAAUAUCAUACGAAA